UGGGGGGAUCUUCCCCGCCCCUGGUUUUUACCCCCCGUUUUAUCCCAUUGCAGCCAGCUCCGUCCCUUCCCCCGCCCCAGCCGGGGCCAUGCCCGCCAUCCCCUACCCCGUGGAGCUGGGGCUGACGGUGCUGCACACCGCCCUGUACGCCUCCCUCUUCCUCUUCGCCUACCUGCAGCUCUGGCUGCUGCUCUGCUACGGGGAGAAGCGGCUGAGCUACCGCCCGCUCGGCCUCUCCCUCUGCCUGCUGUGGGCAGCGCUCCGCACCGUGCUCUUCUCCUGCUACCUGCAGAACUCCCUGCGGGCCGGCCCGCUGCAGCGCCAGCCGUUCCCCCACUGGCUGCUCUUCUGCUCCCCGGGCUGCCUGCUCUUCGCCAGCCUCUGCCUCCUCAACCUCUACUUCGCCGAGGUUAUAUUCAAAGUCAAAUGUGCAGCAGAAUUCAAUAAGUACAAGGUCCUGUUGUAUCUGGGCUCCAUAUUUACAAGCCUUCUCUUUCUCGUUGUGAAUUUAACUUGUGCAAUGCUUAUCCAUGGAGAUGUCCCAGAGAGUCGGCUGAGAUGGACAGUAUUUGUUCGGGAACUAAUCAACAACAGUCUCUUCAUUCUUUGUGCCAUUUCAUUAGCUUGUUGUAUGUGCAAACUUGCAAAAAUGUCAUCGGCAAACGUCUACCUCGAGUCAAAGGGCACAUCUGUCUGCCAGGCUAUCCUUGUCGGUUCAGUAGUUGUUCUUCUGUACUCUUCAAGGGCUUGCUAUAACCUAGUAGCAGUGAUCAUAUCUCCAGAGAAUGUUCCUAGUCCAUUUAAUUAUGGCUGGGACAACCUUUCAGAUAAGAUGCAUGCAGAAGAAGUCAGUGGUGAAGAAUAUGUGGUGUUUGGAGUAGUCCUCUUCCUCUGGGAGCUGGUGCCAACCAGUUUUGUGGUGCUGUUCUUCCGGGCUCAGAGGCUAACUCAGAAUUUGACACCAGCUGGCAUGAUAAACAGUCAUAGUUAUAGCUCCAGAGCGUACUUCUUUGACAAUCCAAGGCGAUACGACAGUGACGAUGAUUUGUCAAGACUUGGUACGAGAGAAGGAGGAAGCUUGGCUACCCCUCCGUGCUCCGGCUGGUAUGGCACUCUGACUGGGAGCGAUAGCUGUGCGGUUAUUCCCUAUCUGAGUGGACCUAAGCCAGACACCGCCCCGCUGCUCUUCACGUGUAGUGAUUUGGAAGCUAACAAUCACCACAGCUUAUACUCCACGCCACAGAACUGAAGAGCCCGUCAAGAUUCACUUCUCUUGGGGUGGCUUUCGUGAGAGUACGAUCAUUCUCCAAACAUCUAACUCCAUCUGCACAAACAUUCCAUUCUCUCUAGCAGCUGUAACCCAGGACCUGGAGACUUAAGCUGCGUGUGAGAUCCAGCUUCCACUCGCUUGCUAAAGGGACACUCCUAUAAAGGCUCUGAGUGUAAGUCUAAGAGGAAUCUUCUGGCUUGAAGAACAAACUGAGGAAAGUGAUACUACUAUCUGGGUCUCGGCCUCCUUCACAAGCAUUCCCCAUGGCACCCACCAGCCACAUCUUGUAGGAGAGCUGUCCUAAGGUGGAUCGGCUGGAAGGGUCAAGUGACUCUCGAUGCAGGAAAAUCACAGGCAUAAGAUCUCUGCAGAGCCCAGUCUGCAACUUGCCAAUCCACGAGGUGACUCAGGGCCUCUUAGUGACUCUGGAUUUGUAACAAGAGCAGUAGAUGCGUGCGGCUGCAGCACGAAGCAGAAUGAAGAUAGGUGGGUAAGAGCAGUGAGGGCCUGACCUUCCUCAAGGUGAGGUGCAAGCUACGCUUGACAUUGCAUCUCACCCCUCCUGCCCGCACCUUAUUCUGUCCUGCAACCCUCUGUGUCUGCUCUUUAGAAUGUAGGAAGAAACGGCUCUAACACUCCUCUCCCCAGUUCAUAAGCACAAGGUGUGGUAUCAGAGCAGCCGACGUGCUUCAAUGGAGUUUUCCUUUACAGGGAAACAUACUUCUGGCCCGUGCACCCAGCCUUGAUUCUAGCCAAGUGCCCUCUGGGGAUGGGAUGAGCUGAGAACCCAUCCUCUGCUGUAACAAAGCAGAUAAGUAAGUGGAGGCUCUGGGCCCUGUAGCAUGAUGCACUUAAAACUCAUUUUGGGGGGAGACAACAUGCCAGGCCUGGGGGGCAGCACCUCCUGAGCCAGUAACACACCCACAGGGAGAGUGGACAAGGCACCUGAGGUAUGUGUGUCAGGCAUUGUGGGGAGAGGGGGAGACUCCAUGAGGAGUUGUUUCAGGCAAACAUCCCUCCUCUCUUGUGAGGCUUAGAGAUCUUGCAGAUCUGAUGGGCCUCUCCCAGACACCAAAGACAGAAGGUGUGCGGGUUGCCCACGGGCAGAGGCUUGCUGCAGGAGCUACAGCAUUUGAAGCUCUGGGGCUGCAUGUCCUGGAGCCCUGCGAAGAGGAAGUCCCCACCCCCCCCCAACUGCUAAAGACCAUACUUAACAACUAAAGAGGACAAUGAACUAACAAUGGGUAACUAUAUACAAAGAUAAGUAGAAGAGCUAGGGCUUAGGGGAGCACUUGCCAGCAAGAGACCACUGUUCCAACAACUGCACUGGGGGUAAGGAGGAACUCGAGGGGCAUUAGACCAGCAGGGUCAUAUAUAGAACAUUAUCUUGGUGCUCUGGGGGGCUCCAUAGCUGGCCUGACGGGUAGCUGCUAGGGAAAAGUUUCCAACAUCUGUGCACAGGGUGUGUGCAUACACCUAACUGGAAGUGAUAUGAGCAAGCACUCGCCAAAGAACAUCACAUUUAGCUUCCCUCCUCGUUACCUGCGCGAAGACCAGCCAGGCCUGGAGCCAGUCAUGUCACUAAGCUGCCAGAAGCAGCCAAUGCAGGGACUGCUUUGCAGGGUGAGGAGGAAUAAAAUAAGAUCGAGCUAGGGUCCCCCAUACCCUCAGCCCCCCUCUCCCUCUAGGGGCAAAGCAGCACCCAGCUGGUGCCUCCCUGCCUGUGAUCUUGGGGACUCCAACCAGUAGCAGCAGCUGCCAGAGCAGGGACCUCUAAACAGAACUUUUUUACAAUGUUAACUGCACUGUCUCUGCCCUGUGCUGCUUGGCUCUUUGUUCCAACCAUCUCCCUUCCCCCAGUCCCUUCACCUCAGCUUUAUUCCACACCUACCCUCUGUCUCUUCUCCCCUGCCCAGUCCCCCUUCCCUCAAAUGGUCCCCUCUCUUCUGCUGAUCCCCUCCUAACUAAAUUCCCCCACCUCAAUAAGCCAUGGCACUACCUUGCCAGUGGCCACCCUCCUGCUGCACAGGUGUUUUUCCCCUUCCCCUGUCCCACCCAUUGGGCCUAUUUAGAUCCUAAGCUCUCCAGAGCCGGGCCUGUUGUGACUGUGUCUAUAUGCGCUAUCUUGCCCAGUGACACUACCCUGCUAAACAUGAUCAAUAUAACAAAGGCUGGGCCUACCUCUUGGCUCAAAGAGCAUUCCAUGUCCAUCCUUUUCUGCAUUGCCUAGUGAUGGAAAUCAAAAUGAUUUGUAGCUUUGCAUGAAAGCAGCCUGCCCUACUCAUGACACAUACCCACUCUUGGUGGUAGAACAGAACUUGCAUGCUGAGUCACUAACUUGAUAGCAGAAAAUCUGGUAACUUAAAAAAUCCACCCAUUUUCCUCCUUUUCCCUAAGGGAGUAGAGUUUAGCACAUAACCCUAGCCGCUGCUGCCAUCAUUAUCAAACAGCAAAAGACUGAGGUGAUUUCCUUCCAGGAACAGUGUUUAACCAGUGGUUGGUUGCACUGGACAAUGAAACCCAGUGGUGGAUGUUGCCAGAUGUGAUGGAGGUUAGUUAAAAGCCAGGGCUUGGAAAAAAAUACAUGUGACUGUCAUGACCAAGAAACUUUUGAGAGUUGGCAGCAGAGGAGGGGAACAGAGCAGGUUCUACCCAAUUUUGCCACUGCUGCUUGCUCAGAAAAAAUGCAAGCAAGAGUAGGGGCGCUGCACUUGACAAAGACCUUCUCAGUGCAUUCCUGGUUGGGGAAAGAAUUGCUUUUUCCAACCAACAAUGGAGGAGUCAGGCCCUACAGUUGCUCAGUUUUCCAGAGUGAAACAUACUGUCUGACCUGUUGCAGCUGGGACAGUUAUUGGAGAGCUAGGAACCAGUACCAAUCUUGACUGGCACAAUGCUGUUGGUCAGAGAUUGUGAGGAAGAGAGGAGGCAUAUGCUCAUGUACACGUCUUUCCUCAUACAUGCCAGGGUGGUGGAGCAGGGAAGAACAUUUUCCUCCAUCCUGAGAGCAGCUUUUGGAAAUCCAAACUUCAGACACACAUUAGCCAAGGUAAGGCACAUUGAGAAUGAAACCCAGGACCAGGGCCCAGAGAUAGCACUCUUGGGGGGAACCCUGGCAUCCCUUUUCCCAGCAUCUUGUUGGUAUGUAGAAUCAUAGGACUGGAAGGGACCUCAAGAGGUCCAGGCCCCUACAAUCAUGGCAGGCUUAGGUAUUAUCUAGACCAUACCUGACAGGUGUUUGUCUAACCUGCUCUUAAAAAUUUC